AUGCCAAUUAGAUUUAUAAUAGAUAAAAGAGAUGAAGGAUCAAGAAUUCUAGCUAUAAAUUGUUUUUUAUUAGAAAAAGCAUCAUAUUAUAAUAAAGUUAUAUAUUUAACAGAUGAAAUAAAUAAAGAAGAAUUAUCUUACCCCAUACAUUCAGAAUUUAAAACGGAAAUUAUAACUAAAGACUUGUUUAAAUAUUUAACUGAAAAAUUAUCAAAUAAUAAUAGUGAUGGAUAUUUAGAAAUAAAAUCAAUAGAAAGUAAUAGUGAGUCUAAUAGCGAAGAUGAUUUACUCAAGAAUAAAUUAAUUAUAAAAAAUCUUAGAUUUAAAGAAAUUGAAAUUUAUAUGAAUGAAUCAACUUAUCAAACAUUACCAAAUUUUAAAAAAAAUUAUAAUAUAACAAUAAAAAAAUUAAAAAAUUCAUCAAUUGGAGGUGGUAAAAAUAAUUUAAAAUCAGUAAAUUAUAAAAUAAGUUUUUUAUCAAAUAUAGAAGAAUUUGAAGAUAUUUUAAAUAUUGUAUUUCCUCCAGAACAACAAUAUUUUGUUCAAUUAUAUAACAAAAGUAAUGCACCAGUUGAAGUAAAACAAGAUAUAACUUACCUAAAUAAUUUAAAUUUUAUAAUAAAUCAAAUUGAAAAAAUAAGUGAAGAUGAUACUGAUUCAGAAUUAAUUGAAAUUUAUGAAGAAUUAACAAUAGAUAUAAAUUCAAACGACCAAAAUAGAAUAAAAAAUUUUGAAAAAAUUGAAUACAAAAGAUUUGAAAUGGAAAAUAUUUUUUCAGUAAGUUUAAUUGAUAAUUGGAUAAAUUAUCCAAUUAUAAAUUUUCAAUCUGAUAAUUAUCAAUUAUUAUGUUUAUUUAAAAAUGAAAAAAGUUAUAUUUUUGAAGUUACUAGUUGA